AUGCUGCGUAUCCUUUCGACCACCUACGUGACCCUCCCUCCUCAGACGACUCCAAUAACUCCGAACAACUCGACCACCGCAUCGCGGACGACCUACACCAGCCCCCCACGACCUCCCCCCCACUCCCACGCCCCGGCGACGCCGCCGCCGCUCCUGGCGGAUCCAGCGUCUCCCCCUCCCCUCCCGGGCAUGCACACAGCUCGCAUCCAACGGGACAACGUCCUCCGGAGGGAAACCCUAGAGGGUGAGGCCUACAUCGGAGACGCGGGCUCAACCCCGACCCUGGACCUGCGGGUAGAUAGCCUGCGUAUCGCGGCGACCAACAUCAAUAAAAACACGUAUGGUAAAUUGAGCGCCGAACUGGCCACGUGGCCACACAACUAUGGACACCUGCACAUGGGGGAACACACGCACCCUGCCUGA